AGUUUUAAUCUUUAUCUCUUUUUAACUACCUUUACACCACUGCAAAGGUUCAAAAGCAAAUGGGAAAGAGAGGAGGAUAAGAGGAGAGAAGAGGAACUCCACUCUCUCUCUCUUUCUCUCUCUUUCUCUUGCUCUUGUUUCUCUUUCUUAAAAACUCUCUUACUUUGUGUUCUCUUGCUCUUGUUUCUCUUUCUUAAAAACUCUCUUACUUUGUGUUCAGAUUCAUAUAUAAAUCACCAAAAAGGUCAACAUGUACUUCUCCUCUUCUUAUUCUUCGCUUUUCUCUACUAAAGCUCUCAUCUUGUUGCUUGGUUCUAGUGAAAGUUGGUUUCUUGGAGAGGUUUGAGAGCUUGGCAAUGGAAAAGGAGAGGUUUUUCAGCUCGGCGGCGAUGAACUGGCAGAGGAGUGAAGCGAUGGCGGCGGUGGAGAUGAAUUGUGGCGGUGGGGAGGAAUUGCCGGCGUUUCUGAACAUCAAUUGGGAUCAAUCCGUGGAGCAGAGUGCAACGGCGCAGUUGGAGUCGGCGUUGAGCUCGAUUGUCUCAUCGCCGUCGUCGUCGCACCCUCCGCCGGUGGCCGCGGAGAGCGUCGUGAUCCGCGAGCUCAUCGGGAGGCUUGGGAGUAUCUGCAACUCCGGCGAGAUCUCGCCGCCGUCUCAUCUCAAUACAAGUAAUUGCAGCCACACUCCGUUGAGUUCCCCUCCAAAGCUCAACCUCUCGAUGGCGGAGGGCAGGGGAGGAGUGCCGAUACCCGGGAACUUGUUCCCUCCGGCGAACUUCCCGCCGUUCGCCGCCGACCCGGGUUUCGCCGAGAGGGCAGCGAGGUACUCGUGCUUCAGCGGGAGGAACUAUGCCACGCUCCCUGGAAGCCAAUUUGGGAUCCCGGAGACCGGGAAGCUGUCUAGGGUUCCCAGCAGCCAAUCACUGAAGGUUGAUGUGUCGCCACUGGAGGUGGAGCCGAGGUCGAAGCUCACCGGAAGGGUUUCAGGGCCUCCGACGCCGAUGGAGACGGAGCUCAAGAGCUCCCAAGAGGCAUCGUCGGUCUCCGGCGAGAGUAAUUCAAGGAAAAGGAAAGCAGCGUCCAAAGGCAAAGGAAAGGAGACUCCUUUAUCCUCCAAGGUGGCUGAGGAGGAAGAUGGGAGUGCAAAGAGAUGUAAACUGGGAGAGAUCAAUAGAUCAGCUGAAAAGGAUGGAGAUGUUCAGCUGAAAACUGAACAGAAUGAUACAACAAGUAAUGGUAAUGAUAAUGGUGAUCAGAAACAAGGCAAGGAGAGCAAUGCCAAGCCACCGGAACCUCCAAAAGACUAUAUCCAUGUUCGGGCCAGACGUGGACAAGCCACUGAUAGCCAUAGCCUUGCUGAAAGGGUUAGAAGAGAGAAGAUCAGUGAAAGGAUGAAGUUCUUGCAGGAUUUGGUGCCUGGAUGCAAUAAGGUUACCGGGAAAGCAGUAAUGCUUGAUGAAAUCAUAAACUAUGUUCAGUCACUGCAACGACAAGUUGAGUUUCUUUCAAUGAAAUUAGCAACUGUGAAUCCUCGUCUUGAUUUCAAUGAUAUGCAUCAAAACCGAGGUCCUUUGCAGCAUUCUUUUUAUCCAAUUGAGAGUGUUCCGGGGGCCUUCUCGUAUGCUUACCAGCCUCAACAGGAAGCUCCUCUUCAGAGUGUUGUUACCAAUAAUGCUCUUGAAACUCAUUGCUCCAUGAAUCCUUUGGAUUCCGGCCUUCGUCGAAGUCUCAGCAUGCAGCCACCACCCUCUGACGGUUUUGCAGAUGCUGCUUCCCAGCUUUGCAAUUUCUGGGAGGAUGAUCUCCAGAGUGUUGUUCAGAUGGGAUUUGGACAGAAUCAAGAGGAUGCAUUCUCUUCUCAGAACUUCCAUGGAUCUCUGGCCACAUCUCACAUGAAAAUUGAGCUCUGAUAAUUAGAACACUGAUCAGAGCAUGAGAAGCAGACCUUUGUACAUACCGAAACAUCGGUUCGAAGAAAUUUUUUUUCCCAUUUCUCUUUUUAAUUUUCCUCCUAGAAACACUUAAAAUUCUUUUGAGAAAUUCUCUCAACUAUCAUUGUACAAUCCUGCUCGACUAAUUGCGUCCAGUGGUGCUACUGACACCAUAUGUAAGAUGCUGUAACAUGUUGUGAGUGAAGAGAGAAGAGAAUGUAACUUUGUAUUUUUAUCAGCAGAAUCCUUGUUGUGAAUUCAUCCUUUCCGUUUGUUUCA